CUUAAAAUUCUUUUAAACAAUUCUUCAAUAAUUCUUCCAUGUAUUCCCUUCUGUUACUUGUUGUGGUUAUAUAAUUUCGUUUCCUUCCCUCAGGAACAACUGGCUUCGCUUCGCAGCGAAAAGGAUUCCCUGGAGGCGGUACUGUUCGACACGAACACAUCGCUCGAGGAAGCCGAAGCUCGGAAGGAUGCUCUCGAGCGGGAGAAUCAGGAUCUACUCAAGCAGGAAUCGCACAAGGCACUGAUCGGUCGACUCAAUAAGGAUUUGGAAAAUGCCGAACGUCGGGCCCAAGACAUCAAAAUCCAACUGACCAAUGCGGCCGCCAACCAAGAGGCCGAGUUUCUCCAAAAGUUGUCCAAUUUGCGCACUUUCGGCGAGGAAAACAUCAAGAAGUUGAACGAGGAGAAGGAAGCCAUUCGCAACUCGCUGGAGAAGCGAAUGAGCCAAGCUCUACAGGCGUUGGAGAAUGGCAAGGACGCUGAAAUUCAAACUCUGAAGGAACAGUUUGAGGCACUGCAGAUGCAUCUGGAGGCGCUGAAUCAGCAACAUGAAGAGGUGGUCCUGCGGGCCGAGAAUGAGAAGCAGCAGGCUCUGUUGAUUGCUCACCGGGACAAGCAAGCAGUAAUGGAGAAGUUAGACGCGACCGCACGAGAGCUCAAGCUGGAACUGGACAACGGCGAUCGGUUAAAGCGCGAGAUGGUUGCCCGUCAGGAGAAGGACCGGACAACGAUCGGUUGCCUGAGAGAUGAAAUCGCCAAAAUGCGCACCAAGAUGGAAGAGGCAAGGAUUCGAGCGGAAGAGGAACUGAAUCGACUCGAGGUUGUACAGGGGGCAUUGCGGGAUGAGAAAGAUGCUGCAUUGAAGGAAAUCGAAGAACUGAAGGUUCAGUUACGACUGACAGAAGAUCGAUGCGACGGGGUUAGUUUGCAGCUGCAGGACACCCAGCGAAAAUUAAAGGAAGCUGAGAAUUGUAUUGACGCUACAAGAAAGGAGUUAACUGAUACACGUCGAACAUUAGCGGACAGCAACAUUGAGCGGGAUAAGUAUGCCAACAGCAACAAGGAGCUACGAGACCACGUGAAACGAGUCGAGGGACAACGCCGGGAGCAAGCUCGAUCAAUGGACGAUGCUUUGCAGAAGAUUGCAGGAUUGGAAGAGUCCCGCAAUCUACUCGAACAGGAAAAGGUCCGCUUGCAGACCAUCCUGAAGGAAACGGAAAACAAUAUGACCAAAUUGAACAAGGAUUUAUCCACUGCCCAAACCGACAUUCAAAAGUUCCAGUCCCAAUCGACUCAAAACGAUGCCGCGGAGAAGGAACUACAGGCACGCCUAACAAACGAAUCCGAAGAGAAGGAGCGCAUCUUGCAGGAAUUGCAUCAAAUCAAAAAGCAAAUGUCUGAUUUGGAGGGAACGCUGUGCGCCACUCGUCAAGAGUUGGGCAGAGCUCGUUGCAAGGCAAAUCAAGACGAGCAUCGAUUCCACCAGCGAGAGCAGGAGUUAUGCGCUCGUAUAGAGGAAGGCAGAGGACGUGAAAAGCGACUGGAAGAUCAGAAGCAUAAUCUGGAAGUGUGUUUGGCCGAUGCAACACAACAGAUCCAGGAGCUCAAAGCACGACUCGGAGGUUCGGAAGGACGCGUUCGUGCUUUAGAUGAACAAUUAGUUCACUUGGACGCGAUCAAAAAGGAAACAGAGAACAAACUAAGCUCGAUUGGCCAUACGUUGAGAAGGAUUGCCGGGAUUCAAAUGGACGGAUCGGUUAGCUUGCCGUAUCGUCUACUCAGUCCAUCUAGAAGAUAUAGCCCGGCUCGCGGUCGCAGCGAUCGAGAUGAGUUUCACCACCACCACCACCAUCACCAUCAUCAUCAACAACAGGAAACGAGAAGCCUUUCGGGAGACAAUGCAAUCAUCGAUGUCGAUCCAGAAAUGGUACGCAAGGGUGUGCGUACGCUAAUGCAACAGGUGGCGCAAAUCGAGCGCGAAAGAGAUGAUUUCAAGAUGCAACUUUGUACUGCGAAAAAGCAGCUUCAAGAAGGCGGAGACAAUCAAAUGCGUUUGGAAGGAAAGAUUUGUAAAUUGCAACAGCACAAUCGGGCUAUCCACGAGGAUAAGACCAAUUUGGAGGCCAAGCUAGCGCAGAAAACUACUGCGUUGCAAACCACCGAGGAGACACUCAGACAGAAAAGCGACGAUUUAAACAUAACGCGAGAGAAGGCUGCCCAUUUGGAGCAAUCUCUCAGCACUACGGCCGAGGAGAAGAGUCAACUGGAAGAACGCUUGGAGAAAUGCAGACAAAACGCCUGUCGCUUGGAGUCCGACAAGCGGCAUCUGCAGGACGAGUUGGCUCGCACAGAAGGACGUGCAUCGAAACUUGAUCUCCAACGCGUCGCUCUCGAGGGAGAUAUUCAACGUUUGCAGAUGGCACUCCAGGAGAAAGACUGUACUAUCAGAAACCUUCAAGAACGCUUGGAGAACCAAAGAUCGGGAACGCAGCUGGAAGAUCGAUGUGCCGCGCUCAAGAGUACGGUUGAUCAGUUGAAGGAACGCCUGCAAGCGGCAGCCAUUACUGAGACCGAACUACGAGGGGAAAUUGCCGGAUUGCAACGUCAUAACACCGACCAAGGGCAUACAUUCGCCCUGGGACAGGACAAACUUAAGCAACUCCAGAAAACUCUUACCAAUAGCGAGAAUGAGCGUCGAGUUCUUUCGGAGCGCUUGGACGCCUCACAGCACACCAUCAAUGAGCUUAGAAGAAGCCAGCAAGCGACACAAGAUCAAACGCAACGUUUGCAAGAGCAAAUAGCUGAAUGUGAAGUACAGAAGUCGGCUCUUGAGUCACAGCUGCGGCUAGCCAAGUGGAAUCAGGAGAAUGCCGAACAGUUUGGCGGUGGAACUGGUGGAGACCAGGAUCUUGCGCGACAAUUGGUUAACUCACAGCGGGACCGUACCGAGCUGAGAAAUAAGCUGGAGGCCAUGAAGGAGAAGGUUCGUCACAUGGAGAACGAAAAGCUUGGUUUGGAGAAGAGUGGCAGCAAAUUUUCUGGCCAUGUGCAGUUUGAUCGAUCGGAGAAGAGCUUGCUGGGAGAUUCUGGGGAACUGGAUUCGAAUCGCUUGGAGUCUAGCGGUUACGGUGGUAUGGGAACCGGGAGUGCAAAAUACAGUUGCGGUCUGGAUCAUGCUCAGAUCGAGCAAGAAAGCCGAGAUUUGCGCAUGAAGGUACGUCGCAUGGAAACUCUGUUGGCCGAAAAGGAAGCCGAGCUGGCGCGGGCCAAGGCAAAAAUGUUGGAAUCGCCGAGCAAGUCUAGCAUGAGUGGGUAUGGAGGAGGUGGUGUUGGUGCAGCUAGUUCUGAAAUCGAGCGUCACCGAAAUGCUCAAGUACAGGCCGAACGGCUGCUGGAUGCCAGAGAACAGUCGCAUCGACAGCAAGUGCUUCGGUUGGAAAAUCAAAUCUCGAUGUUGAGAGAGCAGCUGGCUCAGGAAGCAAAACGUCGGCAGAUGUAUAUUCUGAGGAGCUCGCGUGCCGGUCGAGAGAUGCAACAGCUGCGUCAAACGCUCGGCGAUUCGUUGCGAAAUGUUACACAGGAGCCGAUCGACUCGUCACUGUUGGAAAGUGAAGCCAGACGGUUAGACAGUGCUGUAUCGAUGAGCUUGCCGCCAACGACCAGUAGAGAUUUGGACCGUAGUUUGAGUCCCACGUAUCGCUAAGGAUCGUAUGCUAAUCGUAUUUCAUAUUCCAUUGAUGGUAAAACCAAAGAUUUAGUAGCUACCUGAAUAUAAGACGAAAGUAGGAAAUUGAACAUUAAUACAUAAUAACAUG